GAGAAAUGAACUCCUACUCUUAGGCUGCGGUGAGGAUCAGUUGGUCAAUCCCAAUGCCUGUCAAGACAGUAUCAUGAAACAUGCCCUCAAGUUCCCAUCCAGCCUACUAUUCUAAUCCAAAUAGUGUAUUACCCCAAGAAUCCAUAUCGAUGCAAACAUAUUACUACAAGAACAGUGUCCCCGUAUCCGGUUUGGGUCCAAACCCAUCAACAGCGACUCCCCGUGCAUCAGCGCUCCCUCAACAAACAUCCCUAACUACAAAUAAUCAUUUAGGUGUUCCUGGAUCCGCCCGUUUAUCAUCCCAGUCACCUCAUAAUGGUCAUCCAUAUGGGAAUUUUCGAAAUAGUCAGUCAAAUGGUCUUCCUAAUAACCAAGAUGUAAUGUCGGUUUCAAUGCACGCCCCAUCAAAUUAUUAUUAUUGGCCUUCUGGGACUACACCUGGACCUAACACUACGCCAUACAACUACAGUGAUGUUUCGUCACAUACAUAUGCAACCCCUACACCAGUAUCCAAACCAAACAAUACAGCUGGUUAUCUUAACCCUAAUAAAAAUGGUCUGACUAACAAAAAUAAUCCAUCCAAUCGGGUAACUCAGCAGUUAAAGAAUACGACAUCUAAUUCAAGUGGCAGGCCGUUAUGGAAAGAUCGACCACAUGUUGGGAAAUAUAGUUUAAUCCAAACUAUCGGUAAGGGAAACUUUGCAAAGGUCAAACUUGCCCAGCAUUUGACAACCGGAAUGAAGGUUGCAGUCAAGGUAAUCGACAAGACAUUAUUGAAUCACUCAAGUCUACAGAAGCUUUUUCGUGAAGUUCGUGUUCUAAAAAGCUUGAAUCAUCCGAAUAUAAUCAAAUUAUUGGAGGUUAUUGAAUCUGAAAAACAUUUAUACUUGGUCAUGGAAUAUGCAAGUGGAGGUGAAGUAUUUGAUUAUCUUGUUUCACAUGGUAAAAUGAAUGAAAAAGAUGCACGAUGUAAAUUUCGUCAAAUUGUUUCAGCUGUACAGUAUUGUCAUCAAAAAAUGAUUGUUCAUCGAGAUCUGAAAGCUGAAAAUUUAUUACUUGAUGCUGAAUUGAACAUAAAAAUAGCAGAUUUUGGAUUUUCAAAUUAUUUUUCUAAUUCACAAAAAUUGGAUACAUUUUGUGGUAGUCCACCCUAUGCUGCACCGGAAUUGUUUUUAGGACGUAAAUAUGAAGGUCCUGAAGUUGAUGUUUGGUCAUUAGGUGUAAUUCUAUAUACAUUGGUUAGCGGUACAUUGCCAUUUGAUGGAAAAAAUCUAAAAGAAUUACGUGAACGUGUGUUACGCGGUACCUAUCGAGUGCCUUAUUAUAUGACGCAUGAAUGUGAAAUGUUACUGAAAAAAAUGUUGGUCCUUAAUCCAGCUAAACGUAUUUCAUUACAGGAAGUCAUGAAUGAUCCAUGGAUGAAUCAGGGUUAUGAACACAACAUACUUAAACCUCAUACUGAAGAGCCAGCCGAUUAUUGUGAUCCUGAACGUAUUGACAUUAUGAUUCGUAUGGGUUUCAAACGCGAGGAUAUUCAUGAUUCUUUGACCCAACAACGAUUUAAUAACAUUACUGCUACAUAUUUACUAUUAGCCCGUUAUGAUCCGCGUGUUCAUGGUCGGCUACGAGGUUUGCCUAGUACAUCAACUACUAGUUUGAAAUCGGAUAGUCAGUCGGUACGUUCACGUCAAACGCCAGAAACACAAUCUAGUACACCAAACACUUCAAGAUCACAGUUUCACAAUUCACCAUCACAUAACAGUUUAGGUAUGACAUCAGUCACUACUACUGGUUCAGUAACUUCACAUUCAAUGACAAAUGGCGUUACCAGUCGUAUUACUGAUUCAUUUGGUUUAAAUACCAGACAUGGAACUGCUGUUUCUCGUCCUAACAAGGAUACAAUUUCUGCUACUACAAUAACAUCUGAAAGUUUAUGUACAGACUCCUAUGCAAAUUCAAAUCCAUCUACAACAAAUUCAAACUCAAACAGUAGUACUCGUGGUUUUGCAAGCUCAGUGCGCAGAUCUAUUACUGUUUCCGGACCAUCAGAUGCUAAUCAGGUGACAGCCCCUUUACCAGGUGUAUUAUUAAAAUCAUCGGUACUUCCUACAUUAACUACUCUUUCACCUUCAAUAUCAAAAAGUUCAUCACCCCCUCCACCGUCUCAAGCACCGCCAUCUGAUAUUUCUCAUCAGAUACCUGCAACUCAACCUUCAGUUAUUACUCUUCAUCCUGCUUCUGUUACCGCUCAUUUAACACUUGCUAACAUGUCUAACGGACCAUCAUGUUCAAUUCCAUCAAACUCUAAUUCAGUACCACCACUAGUUACAUCAUUUACACGACAUAAUUCUCGUCCACGAGCUGCUACUCGGUCAUUUUCUAUUCAACCACAAACUAUUGCACCAUUAGCAUUAGAUGAAGAAGAAAUCGGAAAUUCAAUCAAAAAUCAACGAAUGCAUAGUCGAAAAUCUCCAUCGGUUGAAAAUAAAAUAAAUAAUCAUACUAAUGGAUUCAUGAAAGAAUUAUCAAUUUCUUCGACAAGUUCUGAAGAUGCAGUAUCUGAUGAUAAUGAUUUGUAUGAUAAAGAUUCUGGUUCUGCAUCACCGACCUCUGUAAAAUUAUCUCAUUCAUCUAAUAAGUCACAUAAAAGUAAACAUUUUUAUCAUACACAUAAAAACCACGCUUCUUCAUUCGUGACAUCAUCAACAACAACACCGACAACAACGUCAACAGGAAUCAUAAUGACACCGACAUGUGUUACUUUAGCAGCUGCUCCUAAUAUUAAUUUUAAUCAUAAAGGCUAUUUAUUUUCAUCAAAUGAAAAACAAACACCAGUCAAUGGUAGUUGUGAAGAUACAUCAACUAUGAAUCAUGUCCAGCAUCGAGAAACAUCACAAUUCAAUCGCGCUACUCCAGUUCGACGCAAAUCAAUUAGUACAACGAGACCUAGCUGUUUGACAAACACUACAUUGACAGUGAAUGCAAAUUCGUCACCGUUCAAUAAUUACUCCUCAAUAUCGACCAAUAACGAUAAGGAAACUACAACUAGUUCUACUGUUUCUUAUAAAAAUUCAGUUAAUUCAACAGUAGCAAAUCGUGUUAAUUUAUUUAACAAUGAAUUAAAUAAGAAUAACACAUCGUCUUUAGAUAUUGAAUCAAAAAAUGUAAAUAGAGAACAAAAUCAACCAAGUAUUUAUCCUAAACCACGAACAAUGUUUCGUUAUCCUCCUAAUGCUGCAGAUAUACUAAAUGAAUCUAAUCCUUUUCGAUUAGUCGAUAAUACAUCAGCAACUGAGUCGUCAAUUACACCACCGACUAUCCCACCACAUAGUUCUCGUUUACCUGGAGGAAUGAAUAAUACAACAAUUAAACAGUUCAAUAAUAACAGUAAUACAAGUCAAGCAAAUCAAUUUUUAGAAGGAAUAACAAACACAAGUACAGUUAAUAAUAGUAUUGCUCCAAUUAACUCGUUCGGUGCUACAAUAAGGCGUCCUACAGCACCUGUCCCACAAAAUACUAUUGUACCUAAUUCAUCUGUUUCUAUUAAUCCAACAACACGUACUUCUUAUGCUUAUCAUUCAUUAAGGUACUUAUUGAUUUUACUCUCCCUCUUUUUUUUGAAUAUUUUUUGGCAAUAGUCCAUAGUUAAUACAUUUAAAUUUAAACAAUAAGCUGUGUAAGAUUUCCACAUUAAACUUCUAAUCAUCAUUUGGUAACUUACCCAAAGUUUUGAUUCAGCAAAAUCAUUAGGAUUUUAAUAGCUAUGUAUUUUGUAAUAAAAGUGGUUAACCAGCUGUGUUUUGAAGCGUUGAUUUAUCAGUUAGUUGCGACGUGAUGAUUCACAUUUCAAUUUAUCGUUUUUCUAUCUUCUCAGAAUGAGUACAAUUAUCUAGUAUCAAGAUGACUUAUUCCCCAGUUUUUUAUAGAAUACAUUAAGGUAGACUCGAUAAUUGAUUCCGCACACUUUGUCAGUGAAUAAUUAUCUAUACGAGAAAUUUCUCGUAGCUAUUUAUACAUAUUUUUUAAAUUUCUAAGCCCAUGUUUCAUCGCCUCAAAGCAAAUCAGAGCAAAUUACUGUUUAAUGUAUUCACCCUUUUAUAGACAGUCUGAUAUCCGUCCUAUUUUACAAUUAGUGUAUGUUGGCGAAAUCAUAACGAAACGUUUGAAUCUUUAUCGAAAUUUCGUCAGUUAUGAACUUGUCAGGAUCGAUAAAACUUCCAAAAUGAAUGAAAUUAUCAAUGCAUUCGACUAUUGUACUAUGAUUUGAAACAUUAUAACGAGAGAAAAGUAACUUAUAGAGGGAAGUAAAAGAAGUGUGUAAGAUAUCGUAAACUGUCUCAGAGUAAUUACAUUUACUUAUCCUACACAUAUCGAUUAUUGGAUUUAAGUUGUGCCUUCAGUUGGCAACCACUGAUUUCCUUAAUUUUAUUAUAUUUGUUGAUUGGAUGAAUCAGUAAAAAGUCAAUCCACACCACUCAAAUUAUUUUCACAACUUGAUCAAUAGAUCAACGCUUUUUUACUACUUCAACAUAUCACCAUUUAUAAAAGAUACCUUUGAGAUCAGAGUACCUGAACUCUUCUCAUAUUUUUAAAUAUCAUAUGUACAUGAAUGAUUAAAAUUAGAACUGUCUUUUAUUCUCUUGGCAAAUAUUUAACGAUUUCAUUUACAACCCUCAUUGAUGUUGACCAAUGAUUAGCAAUCUAACAACAUAUCGAUAAUGAUGCCUCUUCGAUAGUCAAGCCGUUUUAGCUGAUGCAAGCAUCCGAAUAUAUCUUUAAGUUUCUAAGAUAAUCAUAGAUUUAUAACAAUCGAAGAAAAAGAUGUUUUUCACUGAGAAAUUAUGAGUUCUUUCCGAAAGUAACUGGCUCAAAACUUACUAUCUGUUUCAGAAACGGUUUUGACACUUGAUAGUAUUUUUUUAUAGGUUGCAAGACUGACAAUUCGUAUUAGAAACCGAUGUAAAUUAUUGUUCCCCAUAUUGUCUUUAAAAUCUUUAGUCAGUAAUUGAAAUGAGAUAAAAAGGCAAAAAAAAUGAUUAAAAUACAACUUGAACUGUAUGGUUUUAUAAGUACAUAAACAAACUAUCAGCACUACUAAAAGAUUAAAAAAAUGUUACAGUACAUUAAUUUGAACAUAACUGUUUAAACCAUGUAAGACACUAUUUAGAAUUAUUUGCGUCUAAUAAUAUCAUCAAUCAAGUUAACUAUAUUUUGGUUAGGAUAAUAUUCACUGAGAUACUUAUGUAGCUUUAAUUCGUCGACCCAUUUUUUUUUCUAGAUUGCCAUCUCAUACAACUGUUAAUAGUUCUACUAAUGAAAUUCUCUUGCAUCAUCAACUUGGUCGAGUAAAUAAUCAAUUAGUUCGUCCAUCAGUUACCUCCUUAUGGUCUAAUGGCGUUAGUGAAAUUGGCUCAAAUCAAUCACCUACGAACUCUCCUUAUACAACUGAUGCGACAGAGGCUACUCCAAACCUUCCAUUCAGCCGUAAUCUACCAGAACGGUCAACAAUUCAGCAUGUACCUACCGGAAGAGCCAGGGAACGUCUUGAAGGGACAUCGGGUGGUCCACGACUUGUUCGUCACCCUGGAACACAAAGUAUUGCUCAUCCAACUAAUGAAUCUCACUCUCGUACGUCAGCCGGUAGUUCGAAUUUUCCUACCCCAAGGCCUAGCAGUCCUGAUCUAUCAAUAUCCUCCGGAACUUCAUCCGCUUCCACUUUAAGUCAUCACGGUGAUCGAACAGAUUAUGAUGAAGAAUCUCCAACACCAGAAAAUGAAAGACAUACUGGUAUUAAUCAGAGAAGCCAUACUAUUGAACCCUCUAUUCAACCACUCACUCGAAACUUUUCUGUACGUCCUUCAGUUAAUCGGUUGGAACAUGAAUCUAUUCACAAUCAUUCAAAUACUAAUGGAGGUAUCAACAACUUUUUUCGUACCCUAACAACUCGUAUAUCCAGUAGCAAACUGUUUCGAAGGUCCGCCGUAAUUCAACCCGGUUUAUUGGCCACUUCUCCUGAGAACAAGGCAUCUAAUAUGAAUGACCCCAAUGAUCCCGACAUGAGAAUGGCACCCACAAUGGAGCUUGAUAAACUGGCUGUCGCAUGUGGAAGUCCUCCGCCAGAAACAUAUCACAAAAACAGUUCUAUAAGACUUCCUCGAAGUCGAAGUGGAGUCACUCCACAUCGGGUCACUCCUCAGGGAUCUCGAAGACUAACUGAUUUUAGCACAGUUACUGUUGAUGAACGUUCAAGUCGGAAGAAUGCAGAUGCAACAGAGACUCUGAAUCGAAGAAGAAAUAAAAAUGAAAUGAAUUUAGAUGUUACUGGAUCUAUGAAUCGGAGACACAGUCCAUUCUCUCGAGAUUCUCGUUCUCAGUCAACACAUCGUUCGUCAUCACGACAUGACGAUCGCAGUAAUUCAAGACCUACUCCUCCACCAGUCCCAGCUCGUUGUGCAGUUGGGAUACCUUGUUCAGGUCAAAAUAAGUCUCCUUCGCCAGGAAAUGACAAUUCAAUAUCGAAUAACGGUGUAUCUGAUACCACUCUUGGACGAACACGUAGUUUGCGAUUCAUGUUUCGCAAUGAAACUGCUAGUCGACGCCAAAUAGAAGAAAUGAUGCUCGAUAUAAAACAGGUUUUAACUAAUAAUAACAUCGACUUUGAACAAGUUGGUGACCUAAAAUUGCAGUGUGCUUACGGUGAUCCUUCACGUGGUUGUCAAAUACCAAAUUUGACAAAUCAUAGCCAAACAUCUAAAAACUCUAACAGAUUAUCUCGCUUAACCGAUAAAACAGAACAUGGUGUUGUACAUUGGGAAAUGGAAAUCUGUAAGCUUAAUCGAGCUGGAGCAAAUGGAGUACGAUUUAAAAGAAUCAGUGGAUCGACAUCUGAUUUCAAACGUCUAGCAAAUAAACUUGCCUCUGAUCUGGAAAUUUAAUUGAAAAACGCAUAUAUAUACAUAUUCAUAGAUAUACAGAAAUUAUUGCAUUUCACUUUAAGUAGCUAUCGUUUGGGUGAUAAUCAACCCAUUUUGCUGUGUAUGUUCCAGUUUUGUUUUGUAUGUAUAUUUAAUACUUUAAUUUUUAUGUAACAAUGUUCAGCUAUAAAUACAAUUUGCCAUCAUAUAUAUAUAUAUAUCAGCCGCUUGAUACUUUUCUCUUCUAUUCUGAAACACCAAUAAAUAGUGAAAAUUAUCUUGUGCCUGAAUCUUGCAACACUAUUAAGUUGUGUUUGCAUUUUCUUUUGUCUCAUUUAAUUGUAUGAAUUAAUUCGGGAUUAUUUUGACUUAAAAAUCAAAUAAACAGCUGAUUGUAUGUCAUAAUGAUGAAUGAUUUCAAAACAUUUUUAUGCUAUAUCAGUUGAACUGUAGAAAAAACUAUAAGCAUAUAUUUGUUUACUGGUUAUCAGACAGUUCUUUCUUUAGUAAUAUACACCUACUGUUGGUCACUGAUAAUUGUGUAUUAUUCUUAUUCACUUCUAUUUCCUUUCUAUCUUUAAUAAAACUAAUGGAAAAUAAUUUUAGGCUGAACAAGAACAUUUGAGUUUAAUAUGGAAUUAUCAAGAAGAAGGAGAAGAAGAAUUGAGAAGGAAAAGAUUUAUACCUUUAUUUCUAUUGUUAUAAAAAAUGGUAUCCGAUUUUUACUAUUAAAUUUCUUCAUUUCACUUUCAUUAUCUUAUUAUUUCUGUCAAUUAGUUUUUUAUUCUUAUUUGUUUCUGUGGGUGUGUGCAUGAUGAUUGUUUACUGAUUAAUCAAGGAUUUUUUUAUUGUUUUGCCCUUUUAACGAGGAUCGGUCUUUUGUUUUUUUUUCGCUCUUUAAUCCGCACAUACCUGCAUACACAUACAUAAUCAUAUACAAAUGAACCUGAAUUAUAGCAGAUGAAUUAGCUCAUAAUGAUAAUUUUGAAAUUAACUUGAUCUCGAUUUUUCUAAAUUAAUGAGAAAAAAAUUUAUUCACUGAUUGAAUUAUUGAAAAUAUGCUUCG